GAGCACACCACCAUUACAUCAUCGUGGCAAAUUAAAGAAGGAGGUGGGAAAAGAGGACUUAUUGUUGUCAUGGCCCAUGAGAUGAUUGGAACUCAAAUUGUUACUGAGAGGUUGGUGGCUCUGCUGGAAAGUGGAACAGAAAAAGUGCUGCUUAUUGAUAGCCGGCCUUUUGUGGAAUACAAUACAUCCCACAUUUUGGAAGCCAUUAAUAUCAACUGCUCCAAGCUUAUGAAGCGAAGGUUGCAACAAGACAAAGUGUUGAUUACAGAACUCAUCCAGCAUUCAGCAAAGCAGAAGGUAAAUGUGGAUUAUAGCCAGAAGGUUGUCGUUUAUGACCAAAGCUCCCAAGAUGUUGCCUCUCUAUCUUCAGACUGUUUUCUCACUGUACUUCUGGGUAAACUGGAGAAGAGCUUCAACUCUGUUCACCUGCUUGCAGGUGGGUUUGCUGAGUUCUCCCGUUGUUUUCCUGGCCUCUGUGAAGGAAAAUCCACUCUAGUCCCUACCUGCAUUUCUCAGCCCUGCCUACCUGUUGCCAACAUUGGGCCAACCCGAAUUCUUCCCAAUCUUUAUCUUGGCUGCCAGCGAGAUGUCCUCAACAAGGAGCUGAUGCAACAGAAUGGGAUUGGUUAUGUGUUAAAUGCCAGCCAUACCUGUCCAAAGCCUGACUUUAUUCCCGAAUCUCAUUUUCUACGAGUGCCUGUGAAUGAUAACUUUUGUGAGAAGAUUUUACCAUUUUUGGAUAAAUCCAUAGAUUUUAUUGAGAAAGCAAAAGCCUCCAAUGGAUGUGUGCUGGUGCACUGUUUGGCUGGGAUCUCUCGCUCCGCCACCAUUGCCAUCGCUUACAUCAUGAAGAGGAUGGAUAUGUCCUUGGAUGAAGCUUACAGAUUUGUUAAAGAAAAAAGACCUACCAUAUCUCCAAACUUCAAUUUUCUCGGCCAACUUCUAGACUACGAGAAGAAGAUUAGGAGCCAGACUGGAGCCUCAGGGCCAAAGAGCAAACGCAAGCUGCUGCACCUAGAGAAGCCAAAUGAACCUGUCCCUGCUGUCUCAGAGGGUGGACAGAAAAACGAGAUGCCCCUCAGUCCACCCUGUGCCCACUCUGCUACCUCAGAGGCAGCAGGGCAAAGGCCUGCACAUCCUGCCAGUCAGCCCAGCAUACAGCCAGCACAGUUGGAGGACAGCCCAAUGGUACAGGCGCUCAAUGGGCUGCACCUGUCCUCAGACAAGCUGGAAGACAGCAGUAAGCUCAAGCGUUCCUUCUCUCUGGAUAUCAAGUCUGUUUCGUACUCAGCCAGUAUGGCAGCAUCCUUGCAUGGUUUCCCCUCGUCAGAGGAUGCUUUGGAGUACUACAAACCUUCCAGUGCUUUGGAUGGGUCCAACAAACUAUGCCAGUUCUCUCCAGUUCAGGAAGUGUCUGAGCAAACUCCAGAAACCAGCCCCGAUAAGGAGGAAGCCAACAUCCCCAAGAAGCCCCAGACUACCAGGGCUUCUGAGAGCCAGAGCAAACGAUUGCAUUCAGUAAGAACCAGCAACAGCGGUGCCACCCAACGGUCUGUCUUAGCUCCAUUGCAUCGGAGUGGGAGUGUGGAGGACAACUAUCACACCAACUUCCUCUUUGGCCUUUCCACCAGCCAGCAACACCUCGCUAAGUCUGCUGCUGGGCUUGGCCUCAAGGGUUGGCACUCAGAUAUCUUGUCUCCCCAGACCUCUACUUCUUCCUUGACCAACAGCUGGUAUUUUGCCACAGAGUCCUCUCACUUUUACUCUGCCUCUGCCAUCUAUGGAGGCAAUGCCAGUUAUUCUGCCUACAGCUGUAGCCAGCUGCCCACUUGCAGUGACCAAGCCUACUCUGUGCGCAGACGGCAGAAGCCAAGUGACCGAGCUGACUCUCGGCGGAGCUGGCAUGAGGAGAGUCCCUUUGAGAAGCAGUUUAAACGCCGGAGCUGCCAGAUGGAAUUUGGAGAGGGCCUGAUGUCAGAGAGCAGGUCGCGGGAAGAACUAGGGAAAGUGGGCAGUCAGUCGAGCUUUUCAGGCAGCAUGGAGGUCAUUGAGGUCUCCUGA